UGCGCCAGUGUGGAUGGCGGUGGUUCUCGGCGCUGUCACAGCUGGCUGCUGUUCCACCCCAGCGCCAAGGGCUCGCAGAUCCUCAUGGACCUAGCCCAGCGCGCGGUCAAGCGCCAGGCCAGCUUCUGCAACGCCAUCACCUUCAGCAACCGGCCCAUAGCGCUCUACGAGCAGGUCCGCCUCAAGAUCACCAAGAAGCAGAGCUGCUGGAGUGGUGCUCUGCGUCUGGGCUUCACGUCUAAGGACCCGUCGCGCAUCAACCCGGACACCCUACCCAAGUACGCCUGCCCCGACCUGGUGUCGCAGAGCGGCUUCUGGGCCAAGGCUGCCAGGGAGCCGAUUGAGGGCAGCAUCAUCGCCUUCUGGGUGGACAAGAAGGGCCGUGUCUUCUACCGCAUCAAUGAGUCCAGCCCCAUGCUGUUUUUCAGUGGCGUGCGCACUGCCGAGCCGCUCUGGGCCCUCAUCGACGUCUACGGCCUCACCCGUGGGGUGCAGCUGCUAGAGAGUGAGAUCGUUCCUCCAGACUGCCUGCGUCCUCGCUCCUUCACCACUGGCCGCGGCUCCUCCCUGCGUCGCGAGGCCGAGGAGUCUCGCCUGUCGGUCAGCCUGUGCGACCUCAACCUCCAGCAGGACGACAGCGGCGGCGGAGGAGGAGGAGGAGGACGAGGAGGAGGAGGUGGGGGUGGUGGCGGCGGUACCCUGGGGAGGGGCGUGGGAGGCGGCAGUCUGGGCGGAGGAGGAGGCCACCACCACCACCACCACCUGCGUCUGGCGCCGCCCGCGCCCGUGCCCUGCCCCAUCCCGCAGAACUCGCUCAACUCGCAGCAGUCGCACCUGCUGCCCCAGGCGCUGGAGGGCGAGCUGCGCUUCCACCAGCUGCGCGCCGCCAACGUGCGGACGCUGGACGACGGCCAGACGGUGGCGCUGCUGCGCACGGAACAUUCCGGAAGUGUGAGCAGCAGCGGAGGUGGUGGCGGUAGUGGCAGUGGACAUGCUGGAGGAGGAGGAGGAGGAGGAGGAGGAGGAGGUGGUGGAGGGGGAGGUGGUGGAGGUGGGGCAGGAGGGUCCAGGGAACGUUGCGAGGAGCGCGCGCUGGUCUUCACCGAGCGUCCGCUCCGCCCGGGCGAGACCGUCUUCCUCAAGGUGACCAAGUCGAGCCCGGCACGCUCGGGCGCGCUCGCCUACGGCGUGACCUCGUGCGACCCGGCCACCCUACGCCCCAGCGACCUGCCCGGCAACCCCGAGGCGCUGGUGGACCGCAAGGAGUUCUGGGCCGUGUGCCGCGCGCCCCAGCCGCUGCAGAGCGGCGACAUCCUGGGUUUCCUGGUCACGCCCGAUGGCGAGGUGAUGCUCAGCCACAACGGCGCCAGCGCCGGCAUGCAGGUGUGCGUGGACAACUCGCGGCCGCUCUGGAUGUUCUUCGGCCUGCACGGAGCCAUCUCCCAGCUCAGGAUUCUGGGCUCCACUCACGCUGGGGACCCACGUGGACCGUCCAGCCCCGGCUCGCCCUCCUCGUCCCCUCAGACCCCCAUGGGCUUCUGCAGCGGCAGCUCGGAGCCCACGCUCAACGGAGGAUGCUCCGGAGCUUUCUGCAACUCUGCUGGAGGAACCACCCCCAGCUCGCCCGUCAGCCUCCCCAAGUCGCCCACCUUCCCGUCGGUGUCAGGGACGUGGCAGGACGAGUGUUCCAUCUGCUACGAGAACAUGGUGGACACGGUGAUCUACGCGUGUGGCCACAUGUGCCUGUGCCACACCUGCGGCCAGCGGCUGAAGCGGAUGUCCAGCGCCUGUUGCCCCAUCUGCAGGAGGCCCAUCAAAGACAUCAUCAAGACCUACCGCAGCACAUAGGACUGACUGGUGAAGGAAACACAAUUUACCUUGAGAAGACUACAAUUCCCAUGAUGCAACACGGGAUUCAUGGGAUUUAGUCCUCCUCCCCUGGUUAAACAGACUCACUGAUGAUGCAUGAUGAACCCUGAUACUCCAAGCAGCAGCACCCACAUUACCAUGUCUAUGUUGGAGUCCAUUUUAGCUACCGCUGACUUCACACUUUUUGAAGUUGUGUUUGUUUUUGUUUGUUUCCUCUUUUGUAAACAAUUCAGGGAUUUUUGAGAACCUGUGGAUAUCAAUUGGUUAUUUCUCUUGGCCAUGGGUUUGUAAAGGAGGAUUUUUUUUGUUUAUAUAUAGAUUUUUUUUUCUUUUUUGGAUUUUCAAGGACAUUUCAAGGUGACUCGACAGUUUGGAAAGGUAGUGGUGAUGCACAUCAGUGAGCUGAACUCAGGAGAGGCCAGGGGUACGGACUGGUGAACUAGAACUUUUCCGCAGAGUGAAAGCACCACAGGAAAGGACAAAACAAACAACAAAAAAAAACAGUGU